CUCACAUCUUCCUAUAAUUGUUUUAUUACUUUUGUUUCCAAAAUUUCUGAACCUAAAACAUAUAAUGAAGCUAUUAAAAUCCCAGAAUGGGAAACUGCAAUGGAAACUGAAAUAAAAGCUCUUGAGAAAAACAAUACUUGGAUUUUAGUUACUUUGCCUCCAAAUCAUCAUACUAUAGGAUGUAAAUGGGUUUUCAAAACCAAAUUAAAAUCUGAUGGCACUUUAGAAAGACAUAAAGCUCGAUUAGUUGCAAAAGGUUAUACUCAAGAAUAUGGUCUUGAUUAUUUCGAUACGUUUUCUCCUAUAGUGAAACUUAUUACCGUUUGACUUUUAAUUGAUAUUGUUGCUGCCAAAAACUGGUUUUUACAUCAAUUAGAUGUAAACAAUGCUUUCUUGCAUGGUGAUUUGCAAGAAAGUAUAUACAUGAAACAUCCUCCAGGUUAUCUACCUUCUAAUGACAACAGAGUUUGUAAACUGACCAAAAGCCUAUAUGGUUUGAAACAAGCAUCGAGACAUUGGUUCUCUUGCAGAUAUCAUCUAUGCAAAGCCCUCUGUCAAAUCCAUUAUUUGCUGAUUUCAUUGCCAAGAUGAACUUUAUGGAUAUUUACGCUCAUCUUGAGGGAGUAAACAGACGGAUCAGGAUCCUCUGCCAUAAGGCAGAGUGCCUUGCGGCAUCCAACGGCAGGGAGGCGACGAGGACGACCUUGAGAUCGGAGAAGGAGUGGAGCCCAACAUCUUCGGCCGUCCAAUUCCCGAUCGGACGACCCGGAAGAGCCAAGCACCCUGCCUUGCUUUAAAGCAAGGCAGAGGCUCCGGAUCCGUAAACAGACAUUUCAUCUUCUUCUCCGAUUACUAGUAUUCCUUGAUACUACUGAUAUUCGAAAUAUUCUACUUGAUUUGAUAAUCAACAAGGUUUUAAAUAGCCGUAGCGGUAGCGGUAGCGGUCAUCGCAGUAGCAGCCUGUAGCCGACUGUAGUGAUUGCAGCGGCG